UGUGUGAGCAGCGGCGGUGUGCGGGAGCCUGCGGGAUCCGUGGAUACGUACGGCUCUGCUGGGGGACGUCGGCGCUUCUGUGGGGCCUCUCCGUCCUCAUCAUGGAGUUUUUACUGGGGAAUCCGUUCAGCACGCCGGUGGGACAGAAGAUCGAGAGUGCGACCAGUUCCAGCCUGCCGUCAGAAGACUGGGCCCUCAACAUGGAGAUCUGCGACAUGAUCAACGGCGCAGAGGAAGGGCCCAGAGAUGCUGUCAGAGCCUUGAAGAAAAGGAUUGUGGGAAACAAGAACUUCAAGGAGGUUAUGCUGGCGCUUACUGUCCUGGAGACCUGUGUAAAAAACUGCGGCUACAGGUUUCACAUCCUUGUGACAACACGAGAUUUUGUCGAAGGAGUUCUGGUGCGGUCGAUCAUCCCGAGGAACAACCCUCCACUAGUCCUCCAUGACCGAGUCCUCAGCAUCAUACAGGCGUGGGCUGAUGCAUUCCGUAGCUCACCUGACCUGACAGGUGUGGUGUCUGUGUACGAGGACCUGCGGAGGAAAGGGCUGGAGUUCCCCAUGACGGAACUGGACGGUUAUGCACCUGUCAACGCACCAAAGAAGGCUGUAUCUGCAAACGGGCCUACUGUCACUGCUCUUCAUCCUGGGCUUAUAUCCUCCAAACCUCCAAUCAUCAGACCUCAGAGCUCUGAGAUAAAACGAGAGGGGUCCAAUGCAUUCACUCCCAGCCAGGUCAAAAAGCUCAAGGCAGAGCUGGGAGUUGUUCGAACCAACCUCACCAUGAUGUCAGACAUGAUGAGUCAGCUGGAUCCCGUCACGGUAAAACAAGCAGACAUGGAGCUGCUGGAGCAGUUAUACACAGUUUGUAAGGACAUGCAAGAAAGGAUAGUGAAGAUCGUCCCAAGACUCAGCGAGGAGAAGCUAAUCGAGGAGCUUCUGGCGACUAACGAUGAGAUGAACACCACCUUUACUCGUUACCACAGGUUUGAGAAAAGAUUAACAAAUGGUCAAAACACAGCACAAAAGAGCCAUACAUACGUCAACCUAUCAGACCUUGAUUUAACAGGAGAGUCUGGGGUGGCGUCAAUGUCCAAUGAUUCCCCACUCAGCCACUCCAAGUCAGACAGUUUGUGCAGUCAGAUGGCGAGACUUAGUACAAGUGAAUCUGAUGACACAUUAUCACAGAGAAUUAACAUCCCAACCCAACAAAGACUCAGUGAGCAAGAUGAAGCAACAGUGGACGGCCUGGCUCUGGCUCAGAACAGCAGACUACAAAACCCUGGAAAGGAUGGCAGCCCAGCCUCCACCUGCAGCUCUUCACCAAAGUUAGAUUGGAUGAUUAAGAGGGGAAUGAUUCCUAUCAACCAGUCCAAUGUUAUGGAUGAUAUUGAGAAAUGGCUGGCGCUGGAUGAUGAGUACGAUGACUUUGAGGACCAAGAUGGUGUGACCAGUGAAGAGUUUGACAGGUUUUUGGAAGGAAGAGCGAAAGCAGCCGAGCGUCUUCCGUCCCUGAGCGGUGCUUCUCAGGAAAACAACCACUCCGAGUCUUAAGCUGCUAAACCUGCCAUACUAACAGCACUCAUGAAGCAUCAGCUAAGAGGUCAAGAUAAAUCCUAAAUUAAUGGUUAAAUGGCACAUUUGAUGUGGGAAUAUAUCCCAUGUCUGAGGGAGGGUGUCGUCGUAGCUGUGUAUUAUGCUCUUUACUGGGGAAAAAGUGUUUUUUAACUGAUAAAUAAUGUUACUUGAUCGAGGACCGAGUUUUUUUUUUAGCUUAAACCGUUACGAGGGUUCGUCCAUGUGUUGAAUGCAAACAUUUGCACAUUUUAUAAAGUUACAUUCCUGCUGUGUAAGGAGAGGAUGUUGUUACAGGAAUCGUCUUUUGCUAAAUAGAUCAUGUAUUAUAUUGCUGUAAUAUAAAUAUUGUCAAAUAUUGAGCGGAGCCGCCCUGUGGAAGUAGCACACACUGUAAACUUGUAUGUAAGAGAAGAUAAUUACAUAACGUAAAGGUGUGAUGAUGCAUCAUUAUUGAUGCAGGAUGUUCAAGAAAACUGGAGGUUUUUACUGCGUCCAACUUCUCUGGUGAAGACGUCUUACUUGAAACAGGAAGUGAUGACAGACUUCUGCUGUCAUGGAUUAAAAUGAAGCAUUUACCUGGAAGUCUGGCUGUUUUCAUGCUUAUUUCAAGCUGUGCAUUAAGGUUUCUCAAAUAUGAUCAAAUAAAAGGCUUUGCAGGUACG